CUUCAGAUGAGCUUUUUCCCACUAUCCUUUGCGAUGGGCUGACAAGUGGAUCCAAGAUGGCGUAGAAAGUAAAGCUAGACAUUCUGUCCCUGAGUCAUGGCGGACAGGAGAGCGGAGAAGUCAUGUGAAGAAGCCAGCGGAUCGUUAGCCAGGCGGGAGUACGAGGUGGCGGUGAGCCACUGCACAGAUGCGCUGCUGGCCCUCGGCCCCCCGGCCCCUCCCAGCCCUGGAACCCCCACAUCCAACCCCCCCAACGACACGGUUACCCCCCUCCGCAGCCGCCUGCUCUACAGGAUAGCCGCCCUGCUACAGCUGAAAAACUAUGAUCAAGCAGAUGAAGACUGCAAACAUGUUCUGGCCGAGGAGCUGGCCAAGGGAGACGGGUCGUUUCAGGCCAGCCUGCGCUGCAUGCUGCUGGACGGCAGCCUGCACGAAGUGGCUGGCCUCCUCUCCAAGUCCCUGUUUGGGGAGCCUCUGAAUGGCAUCGUCACCAAGGACUUAACUAGAUUAAAAAUGCUUCUCUCAGAAAUUGAAGCCAUUCGUAGCGAAAUGGCUACAGAAUAUACAGACGACAACGAGGAAGUACGGGAUGGAUGGCAGUUUCGCCCCCCGCCUAGAGGAGUUACCAGCAGUGAGGAGUACACGCUGUGUAAAAGGUUCCUGGAGCAGGGCCUGUGUCGCUACGGUGCCCAGUGCACGUCGGCCCACUCCCGGGAGGAGCUGAUGGAGUGGCAGAAGCGCUACGCCUCGCGCCUCAUCCGCCUCAAGCAGCAGCAGGAGAGCAAGCACUUCACCGAGAACUACAUGGAGGCGCUCAUCGAGAAGUGGAUGAACUCUCUCUCCCCUGAGAAAGUGCUGAGUGACUAUUUGGACGGCGUCAACGUGGAACACAGCUCCAACCUCUCCGUAACUGUCACCACCAAGAAAUCAGCUCACUCCUGGACCUUCUCCCUGUUCUGCAAGCCUGUGAGGAAGCUGUACCGCAUCGCCCUGCUCUACGACGCCCACCGACCCCACUUUUCCAUCACGGCUGUGUCGGUUGGCGAUGCCGGCGCCCAGCGGCUGCAGGCGGCGGCCGAGGGCUGCCAGGAGUGGACGGCGGGCGAGGAGGCGCUGGCGGCCGACAACGGCAUGGACCACUGCGUCUACACGGUGGUGGUGGGCUUCAGCACCGAGAUCUUCGGCACCUUCCGCCAGACCAUAGUCUUCGACUUUGGCUCGGAGCCCGUGCUGAUGCAGCGCAUCAUGGUGGACGCCGCCUCCAUAGAAGACCUGGAGCACCUAAUGCAAGCCAGGCAGCAGCUCCUGAUGACGGCCAAGCGCUGGGACCCAUCCUGCAAGACAAUCGUGGAGUUCAGCCCCAACGAGACGGUUGACCUGGACCGCAGCCUGCUGGCUCGCUACCAGAUCCCUCUGUCGGCCGACCAGCUCUUCACCCAGUCGGUCCUGGACAAGACCCUGACCCGGGACAACUACCAGGCCCGCCUGCACGACCUGCUCUACAUCGAGGAGAUCGCCCAGUACAAAGAAGUCAGCAAGUUCAACAUCAAAGUCAACCUCCAGCUGGUCACCAGCUUCAUGCUGACGGGCAUCUCGGGUGGCGCCAAGUACGCCCAGAACGGGCAGCUCUUUGCUCGCUUUAAGCUGACGGAGACGCUGUCGGAGGACACGCUGGCGGGCCGCCUUGUCAUGACCAAGGUGAACUCUGUCUUGCUGUUGCCCCUGGCCCGCCAGGAGUGGUGCAGCCAGCCCCCUGGGGUCAAGGAGCGGGUCUACGAGGCCUGCAUCGAGGAGAAGACCAAGGACUACAUCUUCCUGCGGAUAUGCAAGGACUGCUGCGAGGAGCUGGGGUUGAUACCUGACAGGGAACUGCAGGUGGAGCUGCAGUUUCAGUUGAACCGCCUGCCCCUAUGUGAGAUGCACUAUGCUCUGGACCGCAUCAAAGACAACGGCAUCCUGUUCCCAGACGCCAGCCUUACACCCACCAUCCCCUGGAGCCCCAACAGGCAGUGGGACGAGCAGCUGGACCCGCGUCUCAACGCCAAGCAGAAGGAGGCCAUCCUGGCCAUCACCACGCCUCUCACCAUCCCCCUGCCCCCUGUGCUCAUCAUCGGGCCCUACGGCACGGGCAAGACCUUCACCCUGGCACAGGCUGUCAAGCACAUCCUCAGGCAGGAUGACAGCAGGGUUCUCAUUUGCACCCAUUCCAACAGUGCAGCUGACCUGUACAUAAAGGACUACCUUCAUCCGUACGUAGAAGCGGGCAACGCGCACGCAAGACCUCUCAGGGUUUACUUCAGGAACCGCUGGGUGAAGACUGUCCACCCGUUGGUGCAGCAGUACUGUUUGAUCUCUAACACACAGUACACUUUCCAGAUGCCUGAGAGGGAGGACAUCCUCAGGCACCGCGUGGUGGUGGUCACCCUCAGCACGUCCCAGUACCUCUGCCAGCUGGACCUGGAGCCAGGGCUCUUCUCCCACAUACUAUUGGACGAGGCGGCCCAGGCCAUGGAGUGUGAGACCAUCAUGCCUUUCGCGCUGGCCAGCAAAAGCACCCGCAUCGUGCUGGCUGGAGACCACAUGCAGCUCAGUCCGUUUGUGUACAGCGAGUUUUCUCGAGAGCGCAACCUGCAUGUGUCGCUGUUGGACCGGCUGUACGAGCACUACCCAGCCGAGUUCCCCUGCCGCAUCCUGCUCUGUGAAAACUACCGCUCCCACGAAGCGAUCAUCAGCUACACGUCAGAACUGUUCUACGACGGGAAGCUGAUGGCCAGCGGGAAGCAGCCGUCUCACAAGGACUUCUACCCGCUGACCUUCUUCACGGCGCGCGGCGAGGACGUCCAGGAGAAGAACAGCACGGCCUACUACAACAACGCAGAGGUGUUUGAGAUCGUGGAGCGGGUGGAGGAGAUGCGCAAGAAGUGGCCGGUGGCGUGGGGCAAGCUGGACGAGGGCAGCAUCGGCGUGGUGUCGCCCUACGCCGACCAGGUAUUCCGCAUCCGCGCCGAGCUCCGAAAGAAGAGGAUGCACGAGGUCAGCGUGGAGAGGGUGCUCAACGUCCAAGGUAAGCAGUUCCGGGUGCUCUUCCUGAGCACAGUGCGCACGCGGCACACCUGCAAGCACAAACAGACGGCCAUCAAGCGCAAGGAGCAGCUGGUGGAGGACUCUACAGAGGACCUGGACUACGGCUUCCUGUCCAACUACAAGCUGCUCAACACAGCCAUCACUCGUGCCCAGUCCCUGGUGGCCGUGGUGGGAGACCCCAUAGCGCUCUGCUCGGUGGGCCGCUGCAGAAAGUUCUGGGAGAAGUUCAUCUCCAUCUGCCACGAGAACGCCAGCCUGCACGGCAUCACCUUUGAGCAGAUCAAGGCCCAGCUGGAGGCCCUUGAGCUCAAGAAGACCUACGUGCUCAACCCGCUGGCGCCCGAGUUCAUCCCCCGCGCCCUGCGGCCCCAGCCGGCCCAGCACCCCCAUCAUCACCAUCACCCACACCACCAGGGACACACGGCCAGCAAGCAGCCCGGGCCCCAGCAGCAACAGCAGUCUCCUCCGAAGGGGAAAGGUCAACAUGCGAACCACACGGAGCACUUCCCACCUGAAGGAUUUGUUCAACCCAACCCUGCGGUGUUGAUGGGCAACCCCAUCCGGGCGUUCACGCCGCCCCUGGGGGGCACCCCUGGCGGCAUGGGCAAGUCCCCCAGUCCUGUGCAGAGGAUAGACCCCCACACGGGCGCCAGCAUACUCUACGUGCCCGCCGUCUACGGGGCCAACAUGGUCAUGUCCAUGCCACUGCCCUCUGUCCCCAUCCAGUUGCCAUGGCCCGGCUACCAGAACCGCUUUGCCAUGGACCCACGCAUCAUGAACCACCAGGCGGCCAUGGCCUACAACCUGAACCUCCUGCAGGCCCAGAACCGGGGCUCGCCCAUCCCCUACAGCGGAGUCGCACACCCUUCCCCCUUGGGCAUGGGCCAGCAGACUAGUCCCGACAAGGAGCUUCAGGCUGAUUCCACCAGAAACGGUAAAAUGGACGGGAGUGCAAAGUCCGAGCAGAGCCGGCUACAGACACCAGAGAGGAAGACCUCGGAGAUGAAGGACAAACCGGGAGAGUGUGAUCCGGGCGGUGGUCGGAGUCUGGACUCUCAGACAGAUGGACUGGGCUUCCCCAACGCCAUGCUCCACCGCAAGGACAACUCAAGCCAAAGACCCCUCAACUACCACCUGGCGCCCCCCAACCCGGCCUUUGCCCCCAUCCCGGGCCGGGCCUUCCCCCCACAGUACCCCGGCGUGUCCAGGCUCCCCUUUAGGGUGCCGUCCCAGCACCCAGGUGGGGGCCCGGCCAUGGGCCAGUCUAACCAGCAUCACUCGGCCCAGCUAUCACCAGCCUAUGACAGCGGCAGGCACAAUCCCUCCUUCUUUGGUGGGGUCAUGGCCUCCCACAGGGUUGUGCCAGAGACUGAAGAGGAGGGGCCGGAGGACAUGGGGAAUUCCAUGAGGUCCCAGAUGGGCCACCAAGGGGCGCACCACCCAGCCCUGUCGCAGCCCAGCCGAGUUAACAGCUUCGGGGAGGAGAACCAGGAAGGAGGCCUGGGAGAUGGGAUGGACCCCCUAGCUCUGGAGGCCCUGAGCCAGCAGGCGCGGCUGGGCCAGUGGGGUGAGCCCGGGCCCUUCCUCCAGGGCGGUGUGGCCUUCCCUCUGCCCCAGCAGCUGGCCCAUCUGGCCCAGCCCGGCCUAGCCCGCUUCCCCCCUCAGCUGCUGGCACGGGCCAACUGGAGGAUGAGCGCCGGUAUGGAGGACGAGGCUGGCGGACCGCCUUUCACCAGGUUCCCAGGCCUCCUGCGAGAGAUGCCACCUCAGGAUCAGCCCGAUCCCAGGGAUCUGGCAGAGAUGCAGCCCCCUCCCCAGUCCCGCCUGCUCCAAUACCGCCAGGUCCAGUCCCGCUCCCCAGGAGACCCCUCCUCCCCCUCGUCUGCAACCUCCAACCACACCGGCCCUUUCCCCCCUGGCCCCUAUCCUGGCCGAGACCCUACCAGCCACGAGCUGGACCUCCUCAAUAACCCAAGUCUCCAGCAGCACCCGGGGAACCAGCUCUACAACCCCAAUGCCUACCCCCACCAGCUGGGCCACUCUACUACCCCGCCCCCGCAGGUCAAGUACCUCCUCCAGGAGGCCCAGUGGCCUCACGGCGGAGCUGGCGUUGCUCAGAACCACAUGCUGGCCCAGGGCCAGGGCUUCCCCUACGGGCUGCCCGUCAUGGCCCACCCCAGUAGACAGGAGCAGGUCCACCUCAUGCAGCUCCACCACCAACACCACCAGCAGCAGCAGCACCACCAACAGCAGCAGCAGCAGGGUCAAGGCCCAGGCCAGGAGCCCUACCACCCCCUCUCCCCCAGAACAACAGGUGCCACCGCCCUUCACAAUGUAGAAGAGUAUGAACCCAGGGGUCCCGGGCGGCCCCUCUACCAGCGGCGGAUCUCCUCCAGCUACCCAGACGAGGGAUCCCCCGCCAACGCCGCCGUCAUGGCCCAGCAGCAGCCACAGCCCUGCCCGGCAGACCCCCAGGAGCACCCCCACCAACACCCUCACCCCCACCAACACACUCACCAACACCCCCACGCCCCCUACGGCUACCCCCCGCCCGAGCUGUGGCCCGGCAACGGGGGUGGCCCCGGCCCGUUCCAGAACAUUCCAUGCAACGGAGCCAGCACACUCGUUCAACACCAACACCGGGAUCUCCUAGCUUCCAAGGCCCUGCGGCAGGCAGCAGAGGAGCAGAUGAAGGCUGAAGCGGCAGCAGCAGUAGCUGCGACCCAGCCUCCCGCCCACUCCCUCCAGCACCUCGGACAGUUCCCCCCUCUCAUGCCCAACAGCAAGCAGCAGCAGCCGCAGCAGCAGCAAGCCCCCCCAGAGCCCGGCCAGGGCCCCGGGGGCCCCCAAAACCCUGGAAAACCCCCCACCAUGUCCUACGCCAGUGCCCUCCGCGCCCCACCCAAACCCAGAGCUCGCCCCGAACAGGUCAAAAAGCACAGCGACCCACUUUCCCUACUCCAAGAGCUCAGCAUAGGAAGUUCAAAUGGUAGCAACGGAUACUAUUCCUAUUUUAAAUGAGUUUCACCCCUGAGAAAUAACCCCUAGAAAAAUAUGGAGAAAAAAAAAAACGUAAAAUAUAUGAAAAAUUGAAAAAAAUCUAAUAAUGGCAAUACUUUUGUGAAAAAGACAAAAAAAAAUCAGCUUUUACAAAUUGUUUCUAUUUGUUUUUGUUUCCCGCUUUUUGUUUUAAACUUUUAUUUGUAAAAGUCAAAUCUUUCUUCUGUUUCACAUAUCUGACAUAAACAUUUUUUUUUUUUUUUUUAAAUAUGUAAAACUUAAGUAUAUAUAAUGGAUGCAUUACUGGUAUAUACAUACACAUGAUGUAUAUAUGAAUAUAUACUUAUAUUAUGUACACUUAUAUAUGUAUGUAAUGCAAAAAAAAGUUUUAAAAAAUGAACUAAAAUGAUUUUAAAAACAGCAUUUGGUUGACCACUUGGCUGCCUGUCUGUUUUCCCUUAUUGAAGUUUUUUAUGUUGAAGGGGGGGUUUUUUCUGUAAUUUUUUUGUUUUUAAAUUGUGUUUGGACUUUCUGUCUUGAUUUUCAUAAUAGUUGUGUUAACAGGGAAAAAGCUAAGUGGUCAACUAAUUUCAUAUAAAGUAUAUGGAGCAUUGUAUAGAAGUAGAUACAUUUUCCUCUAAUCUGUACAUAUAAAGAAAAUAAAUGACUGAGUUGUAUGCAAACAGACAUGUACCUAAAUUCCUGUAUCAUGUUAGCAUUUACAUUAGACUUCAUUUGGUUUGCUUUUCAUCCUCAACCUUAGACAUUCUCACCUGAAAAUCAUCUUCAGUGACAGAUUAGUGCAGUAAAUGGGAUUCUUACAUCCAUACAAACAUGCACAUGCAAACACACACCAUUCAGAGAAACGAUUACUUUAUUAUACAUUUAUACAAAUCUGUUUGUUGUACGUAAAUUCCUUUUUUCACUGGCCCUCUCCUCUUUUUUUUUAGUUUUAUUUUUUUAAGAGAAAAAUAUAGGAUAGAUAAUGAUAUGCAUGCAAAGCCACAUCAAAGGGAGGUCUACUGUUGUCUGAUUCCAACUUGGACAAACUAGUUUCAGAAAGAACCACGGUGUGCUUCCUCUGCCGUUUUCACCUGAGGCCCAAAGAGGGUUGUUCUCCUGUUGGGCGACUGGCUUUCCCUUUAGUCGGAUUAACCACGGUCUUCGAUGUAGGCGUAUUGCGUGAUCACAACGGUGUGGAGAAACUUGAGGCCAACUGCAUAUAUUGGUGGAUGGGUAACGUGAGUCAUAACUAAAGGCACUGCUGAUGAGGGAGUCUGAAGGUAUAGAGAGGCAUCACGGCCAAGUUGGAAGUGUUUGUUUCAUGUUGAGUGAGAUGUUGGGUCUACGUCAAUGGUCUCCUUGUUUUUCUUUGACCCACUUCAGAGCUUUAAAGGUCAUUUUUUUAGAAAGUCUUGAGAAAGAUCCUGUCACAAAAAUUUCCCAACAUUCCCUGGUAAUUUCUGAAAUCCCGGUUGGAGGUUUUCUUUAAUCAGCAAGGGGAGUAAGCAACUAGGGAAUCGUCCCGACUUCGAAUUCUUCAACCGGGAUUUCUGAAAAACCUGGGAAUUUUGCAACCGUAGACUAUUUUUGUGCUUUAUGUAGGACUUCGGCCCGAAAUAAAACCGUCUGGUUUAGACCAGCGCCAUCAGUUACUUUUUGGUUCUAUCUGAUUUGUACUGCAAUACCACAGUCUUUUUCACCGAUAUUCCAUGUACUCUGUGUCAUCAGUGGACAUCACUUUUAGCUACCAGCCUCUUGCUCUGAUUAGAUGGUUGCUUAGAUGACUGUUUCCCCUGGAAAUUUAGACAGGAAAAAAUAUUCAGUUUUUUUUAUUUUGAAGACUCAAUGUUUCAAUUUUUAACAAAUAAAUGCAAUCGGUGUGGGUUAUUUUAACCACAAAAGAGAGAUUGUUCACUGUUUUGUAGGUCUUUUCUGACAUGCAUUCCAAUCAGUGAGGUAUUUUGUUUUUGUCAAAUAAUUUGCAAACAACCAUCAAGCUGUCCAAUCUUUAUAGAUUUGUAUUGGUGUGCACGCUCAAAAAAUAAAUUGCCAGUCGGAUAAAAUUAUCAUGACAAUUAUUGACGAUUGUUAUCAAAUGCAAAUUUGUGACUGAUUUUUUUUCUUUUGUGUAAUAGCCAUAUUUGUCACAUUUACUGGAAACCUUUUUCUCUCUUCAUGAUUCAUUUGUGUUGCAGCCUUUUUCUCCCCCAUCAAAUAUAUAUUUUUAAUUGGUUAAUGGUUUGUUUCAGUAUAUUGUAAUAAAAGACCCUUGGAUUCUAACUGGUACAUUUAUGUAACUAUUUUGUCAUUCUUUUUAAUGUAUGAGGCCGUCAAUCAGAAGUAUCAGGAAGCAAAUCUAGUCUGAAUUAAAAACAUCUCUUAAACAGUUGAAAUGAUCAUUCAAAACAUUUACGGGGACUUAAGUUUAUUUCAAUAUUUGGUCAUUUAGCUUUCCAAGGUCCAGAUUCAAGAGGUUGUGAAUUUUAGGUUCAUCACUACAAAAAAACAUACUUGUAAAUAUGCGUUUUCUAGGUAUUUACAAACGAGGUUUAGGGAGCGCCUCAAUUUUGUAGAAGCUGUUUAAAAGAGGAGGUAUGCCCUUUUUAAUUAUGCAAAUUCAAAGACCUGGACCGUGUUGGCAGUCACAGCAUCUUAUAGUAAUAACUUUUUAAAUUCAUUUUUAUAAGAUGGUGUCUGGCUGCUUUUACAACAUUUUUCUGUUGCAGGCAUAUACAACAUGUUAUUGUAGAAUACUUCAUUUUAAAAUCAUUGUUGCAGGAAUUAUUUGUCCUUGUUUCAGUUUCUUCGCUAAAUCAGUUUAAAAAAAAAUCUAUUUUAAUUUCAGCGGUGCUUUGUGGUUCAACAAUGAUUUUUCACGUAAGACUUCAUUCAUUCUGUGCAUGCCAAGAUGACAUGGCUUGUUUAUAUCCCCGGUUUUAUCAAAUAGUUUGAUUUGUGCAACAACAAUAAAAAUGUUUUUGUUCUCUCCCUACACAGUAACAUUUUGGUAUAUUGUUUGAUGUGUACAAUGACUUGUGACAUACAAAAAAAGUAUGAUAUUUUACUAACAUGUCAAUGAAUUAUGUAACUCUCAUGUAAGAGUUGUUUUCCCUCAAUUAUUUUGCUGGGCGAAAGUUGCUCCCAGACAUACGGGGGGCACAUAUUAUAAGCUUUGAAAAUCUUUGCAAAGAAGUGGCUAUUACAUUUGAAUCAGUUUUUCACAAAUUAGUUGUUGGUUAACCUCUAAAUUGUGCAAUAUUUAUUAUUCUCAAUUUAUGCAGUGUCUGAUCUGGAUUUGUGUGAAAUCCAAACCAUAAGAGAUUGAGCCAUUCUGUGUUUGUUCUUAGUAAUCUUGUCCAAGAGUAAGUAAUAGAUCUGUGCUUGUUUCCAUACCGUGCCUUUUCAGGCCUUCAUUUGUUGCUCAAAAUCUCAAUUUUGUGCCGUUGUCAUGACUCGUGACCUGACUGACUUUGCAUCGAGACAGAAGCUUUUAAUGUGUUUGUCGUCAACAGAGUUUGAAUGUCAGUUAGCCUCCACCCAGUCACACGUCAUCGUGUGUAAAAGGCUUCCGAAAGUUCUUCGCUAUGCCCUCAUAAAACACCUAAAACAACCCUAACUUGAACAGACGGUUUUGUCUUGGGAGCAGCCUUUAGCCCAGCCAGUAGAGAGCACUGUGUUUCAGCCUUUGUAAAACCACAUCUCCUGUUGUCAUCCAUUUUGUCCCCAGUCUCCUCUGUUUUUUCCCCUCCCACAGUAAAUCAAUGACACACCUGUUAACUGUUACCCCCCCACUUGACCCACAGGAGUGGGCUACAUAAUGAUGAAUAUUUCCCUUUCACUCGUUUCAAUUCAAUUGGUGGUGGUCGUGAUAAAGGAUUUAGACUUUGUUUCAAAGGUUUUAUUUUGUUUUUUGUUUUUCAAAAUUUGUUUCUCUAUUAAAGUGUUUUUAUUGACUCAG